CUUUACUCAUUAGACUAUUCUUUACAUGUGCCUAAGAAGAUAAGGAUACUUUGGAGGUCCACUAAAAUUCUGAAAAUGAACAGCAGCCUGUCGAAUACCUCCAUCAAGUGUGUUCGAGACACCAGUGUGACAGCUGUGGUUUUCCCUUGUUUAUAUAGCAUCCUCUUUAUAGUGGCCCUGAUACUGAAUUCCCUGGCUGCAUGGAUCUUCUUUAAUAUCCCCAGUACCUCUACAUUUGUGGUCUUUCUAAAAAAUGUGGUGGUGGCUGACCUGCUCAUGACCUUGACCAUCCCUAUGAAGGUGCUAAGUGAUGCAGAUGUGGGCUCUUGGCGUCUACGUGCCGUAUACUGCCGAUACUCUGCAGUUCUUUUCUACAUCACCAUGUACAUCAGCAUCCUCUUACUGGGCCUCAUCAGCCUGGACCGCUACCUUAAGAUAGUCAAGCCCUUUGGGAAAUGCGCCUUGCAGCAGGUCCGGGUCGGUAAGAUCUUGAGUGCAGCUGUCUGGGUGGUAAUGUUAUCUCUAGCGCUCCCCAAUGUCAUUCUGAGUGACCAACCGCCCCGGCUUUCUGGAGGGAAAUUGAAGUGCACCUCCAUGAAGAGCAAUGCUGGCCUGCUCUGGCACGAGGGAUUCAACUAUUUCUGUCAGGUGGUGUUUUGGGGCACGCUGGCUCUGAUGGUGGUGUGCUACACCUUCAUCAGCAGGAAGGUGUAUGAGUCGUACAAGGCCUCCAAGAGCAGCUCUAAAGCAGCAACCCGCAGGACCAAAGCCAAGGUCUUUGUAGUGGUAGGGGUGUUUUUCAUCUGCUUCGCCCCCUUCCAUUUUGCCCGGGUCCCGUACACCCUGACCCAAACCCGGAACAACGCAAAUCACUGCCGGGCACAGAAUGCACUCUACAUUGCCAAGGAGACCACGCUGUGGCUGUCAGCCACUAAUGUGUGUUUAGACCCACUCAUCUAUGUGUUCUUGUGUAAGGUGUUUAGGAGACGACUGACAGCCACACUCAACCGCAAGCCCCUCCCACAGGGCACCCUGGAAUCUCCAACGGCAACCUCAACUCAGCAGGAGAUGUCACAGAUAGUUCACAGCAACAGAGCACAAUAUAAAGACUCACCUUAGCAACCCACUGGACAAAUGACAGCCGGACACAAUCUGUAACCUUAAGUGUCUCAUGCAAUCAAAGGCAAGAUAAAACACUGCCUGGAACAAUGUGGCUUGUAAAUAGCAUUUUAUUUAGAUGACAAAAUUCUGAAACGGAUGCAGAGUCACUGAAAUCAAUCAAACGGAGAAGCACUCUGUGAGAUAGAAAAUGGGCAAACGUGUCCAGAGGCAGUAUAAAGCGUCAUACCAACAACAGCUUAUGGGCUACCUCACUCUUGUGCAAUGCCAUAUAAUAACUGCACAAGAGAACAGCACAAGCAUUCUGGUACAGUUUAUACUAACCAAGCACUUCUGCACUAUGUUGCAAAGUCAUGCAAUACAUCUCCUAAAGUCUGCAUUCUAUCAUUUGCCACUUCCUUCUCUCUAAUCUUGUUCAAACUGCACUUUCCCUUUGCAUGACUUCAGCAGAAUGGGAAACAACUUGACAGUACUAACUCUGUAAUGAUAGGACCAAUGACUGAAUGAUAACAAAAUGAGCAGGAAACUAAGGACUGCAAUG